GCCAUAAAACAGUGAGUUUCCGCGAGUUCCUUGUGGACUCCCGUCGGUCCACUCCACCGGAUAGCAAGUAUAGGAAAAGACUCUCACGUGUAAGAUCAAACAGUAUUUAAGCAAUUAUCGCAAAGCAUGACAGUCAGAACACCCCGAAAAGCAGUUUAGCUGGCCAACAGCGAGACUCUAAUCAGGGAAUCGAAUGGAUUGUUUGGGGAAGUGAGAAUGUUCCAUCAAUGUGGAGUGAAGCUAUUGUCGUAUCCAUCUUUAGAAAUAGCUUAUAUGGUGCAUGUGAUAAUUAGAGGUAAUAGUUUGCUACCAGUCGCGUCUAAAAUGUUGGUUGAUGUUUUGCUCCGUAGGCUCUGUAAUAUUCGUGAACAGUUGAUUUGCAAAGAGCAGGCUGGGUUUCGUUCACGCCUUGGAUUUAUUGAUCAUAUAUUCACUCUUCAUCAGUUGCUAGGACACCAUCACUCGUAUUGCAGACCAACAGUCUUUGUGUUUCUUGAUAUUAGGGUUGUUUUUGUUUCAUUUGACAGAACUGCUCUCUGGAACUGCCUGUUAGAGAGUGGUGUUCCUGAGAAGUUUGUUAUUGUCCUGAAAUCCCCACACAGAAGCACCUGAGGCAGAGUGAAGGCGUACAUACAGCUAUCACCACAGUUCUCAACCAACAGUGGGGUGAGACAUGGUUGCACAGUCUCUCCAUUACUUUGACUU